CCAGACUUGUAGAUUUCAUCGUGGAAGAAGACUGAAUAUGGUGUUUCCCGUGUGGACACUGAAGAGACCGUCCCUUGUCCUUUUUAACAUAAUUCUAAUUUCCAAACUGCUUGGAGCUAGAUGGUUUCCUAAAACUCUACCCUGUGAUGUUACUCUGGAUGCUCCAAAGGCCCAUGUGAUCGUGGACUGCACAGACAAGCAUUUGACGGAAAUUCCAGAAGGUAUCCCUGCCAAUGCCACCAACCUCACCCUCACCAUUAACCACAUACCUGACAUCUCUCCAGCUUCCUUCCACCAGCUGGACUCUCUGGUAGAGAUCGAUUUCAGAUGCAACUGUAUACCCAUUCGACUAGGGCCAAAAGACAAUAUGUGUCCCAGGAGGCUGCAGAUUAAACCCAGAAGCUUUAGUAGACUCACAUAUUUAAAAUCCCUUUAUCUGGAUGGAAACCAGCUUCUAGAAAUACCUGAGGGUCUUCCUCCCAGCUUGCAGCUGCUGAGCCUUGAGGCCAACAGUAUCUUUCAUAUCAUGAAAAAUAACCUAACAGAACUGACCAACAUAGAAAAUCUCUACUUGGGCCAAAACUGUUAUUUUCGCAAUCCUUGUAACACUUCAUUUUUCAUAGAAAAAGACGCUUUCCUGAGUCUGAAAAAUCUAAAGUUGCUCUCCCUGAAAGAUAACAAUAUCACAUAUGUGCCCACUACAUUGCCAUCCACUUUAACAGAGCUCCAUCUUUAUAACAACGCCAUUACAAAAAUCCAGGAAGAUGAUUUUAAUAACCUCAAUCAACUGCAAGUUCUCGAUCUAGGUGGAAACUGCCCUCGUUGUUACAAUGUCCCGUUUCCUUGUACCCCCUGUGAAAAUAAUUCUCCCCUACAGAUCCACGUGAAGGCUUUUGAUUCCUUGACAGAGCUACAGGUUUUACGUCUACACAGUAACUCUCUUCAGCAUGUGCCCCAAAGAUGGUUUAAAAACAUUAAAAAACUUAAGGAGCUAGAUCUUUCCCAAAACUUCUUGGCCAAAGAAAUUGGGGAGGCCAAAUUUUUGCUUCUUCUUCACAACCUUGUCCAAUUGGAUCUGUCUUUCAAUUAUGAACUUCAGGUCUAUCGUGCAGCUCUGAAUCUAUCGGAUGCAUUUUCUUCACUGAAAAACCUGAAAGUUUUACGGAUCAAAGGAUACGUUUUUAAGGAGCUAAGAAGUCAUAACCUCUCCCCGUUACGUAGUCUUUCCAAUCUUGAAGUUCUUGAUCUUGGCACUAACUUCAUAAAAAUCGCUGACCUCAGCAUAUUCAAACAAUUUAAAACAUUGAAAGUCAUAGAUCUUUCAGUAAAUAAAAUAUCACCUUCAGGAGAUUCAAGUGAAGUUGGCUUCUGCUCUAACACCAGAACUUCUGUAGAUGGCCAUGCGCCUGAGGUCCUUGAAACAUUACAUUAUUUCAGAUAUGAUGAGUAUGCGAGGAGUUGCAGGUUCAAAAACAAAGAGACGCCCUCUUUCUUGCCUUUUAAUAAAGACUGUUAUGUGUACGGGCAGGCCUUGGACCUAAGUAGAAAUAAUAUAUUUUUUAUCAAGUCCUCUGAUUUUCAGCAUCUGUCUUUCCUCAAAUGCCUAAACUUGUCAGGAAAUACCAUUGGCCAAACUCUCAAUGGCAGUGAAUUUCAGCCUUUAGUGGAGCUGAAGUAUUUGGACUUCUCUAACAACCGGCUUGAUUUACUCUACUCAACAGCGUUUGAAGAGCUACGCAACCUAGAAGUUCUAGAUAUAAGUAGUAACAGCCAUUACUUUCAAUCAGAAGGCAUUACUCACAUGCUAAACUUCACCAAGAACCUAAAAGUUCUGAAGAAACUCAUGAUGAACAACAAUGACAUCUCUAUGUCCACAAGCAGGACCAUGGAGAGUGAGUCUCUUAGAAUUCUGGAAUUCAGGGGAAAUCAUUUGGAUGUUUUGUGGAGAGAUGGUGAUAACAGGUACUUAAAAUUCUUCAAGAAUCUGCUAAACUUAGAGGAGUUAGACAUCUCUGAAAAUUCCCUGACUUUCUUGCCUUCUGGAGUUUUUGAUGGCAUGCCUCCAAAAUUAAAGACUCUCUCCUUGGUCAAAAAUGGGCUCAGGUCCUUCAACUGGGUAGGACUCCGGAAUCUAAAGAAUCUAGAAACUUUGGACCUCAGCUACAACGAGUUGAAGACUGUCCCUGAGAGAUUAUACAAUUGUUCCAAAAGCCUCAAGAAACUGAUUCUCAAGUACAAUCAAAUCAGGUGUCUGACAAAGCAUUUUCUACAAGAUGCUUUCCAGUUGCGAUAUCUGGACCUCAGCUCAAAUAAAAUCCAGGUUAUCCAAAAGACCAGCUUUCCCGAAAAUGUCCUCAACAAUCUGGAGAUGUUACUUUUGCAUCAUAAUCGGUUUCUGUGCACCUGUGAUGCUGUGUGGUUUGUCUGGUGGGUUAACCAUACUGAGGUGACUAUUCCUUACUUGGCCACAGAUGUGACUUGUGUGGGGCCAGGAGCACACAGGGGCCAGAGCGUGGUCUCUCUGGAUCUGUAUACCUGUGAGGUAGAUCUGACUAACCUGAUCCUGUUUUCCCUUUCCAUAUCGGUGGCUCUUUCUCUAAUGGUGAUGACAACGGCAAACCACCUCUAUUUCUGGGAUGUGUGGUAUAGUUACCAUUUCUGUAAGGCCAAAAUAAAGGGGUAUCAGCGUCUGACAUCACUGGAUUCCUGCUAUGAUGCCUUCGUUGUGUAUGACUCUAAAGACCCAGCAGUGACGGAGUGGGUUUUGGAUGAGCUGGUGGCCAACUUAGAAGACCCAAGAGAGAAGCAUUUUAAUCUGUGUCUUGAGGAAAGGGAUUGGUUACCAGGGCAGCCAGUUCUGGAAAACCUUUCCCAGAGUAUCCAGCUUAGCAAAAAGACGGUGUUUGUGAUGACAAACAAGUAUGCAAAGACUGAGAACUUUAAGAUAGCAUUUUACUUGUCCCAUCAGAGGCUCAUGGAUGAAAAAGUAGACGUGAUUAUCUUGAUAUUCCUUGAGAAGCCCCUUCAGAAAUCCAAGUUCCUCCAGCUCCGGAAAAGGCUGUGUAAGAGUUCUGUCCUUGAGUGGCCGACAAACCCACAGGCUCACCCAUACUUCUGGCAGUGUCUGAAAAAUGCCCUGGCCACAGACAAUCACGUGACCUAUAGUCAGGUGUUCAAAGAGACGGUCUAGCCCUUCUUUGCCCAGAGUGACUGCCUAGCCUACCAAGGAGAAGCUUGGCUGCCUAGAUUUUCUCAUGAAUGUCUCACUAAAAGGGUGUUUUUAAACUCGCCAGGACAUGGGAUUGUUCACAUCAGAGAGGAGAGACACAGUGUAUGACAAAGGAAUUGGAAACAUGGAAUUUCUAGAAUGCAACAGGUCAUCUUUCCGAUCUCUCUGUGACUCCAUCUGCACCUGAGUCUCCUUUGUCUGUUCCUGUAUAAGAUACUACUGGGAGAAGGGUGACAAGGAGAAGACAUAAGGCUCUCAUUCUCCUGUAAUUCUCUUGUGAUUAUUGAGAGAAUCACAAAGUUGAGAGAAAUCAUGCUUCUACCCAUCGGAAGUACUGCUAUGUACACAUAUAGGGUAAAAGAUGCUCAGGGCCUGCCUAUAUGACAUUACAGUGUCCCAGAGUUAGUGACUUGAAAACACAGGGAACUCAACUGAUCGCUUCUGCAUCAUCUAGCUCCCCCUCCUGUGCAGACCGACUGUCUGCACCCAGUAGACGGUGGCUACUAGAUGUCACUUUCUCUUCACCCGCGGGCCUGUUGCUGGGUUAUAAUAGUGAAAAGCACC